UAUACACAUUACUUGGAUUCUCCCUUGGGGUCCCAUCCAGACGGAGCUCUUGUUACUGCUACUGUCUUCUGUCCAGUGGAUGCGAGUAGGCUCAAGCAGCUUUCACCUCCACCCUCGGCCACUCUUCCCACAUUGCCCUUGCUGGUCUGUCCACGGCUCAGCGGCACCGAUGCAAAUCCUGAUUCCCCUGGUUACACUGUCACUUCGAGCAUUGGUGGCCUGAUUGCCAACAGGUUACCCCAAAAUCAAUCUCUAUCAGCUCAUAAUUCAUCUAAUAACGGAUGUUCUUCAUAUACCUCAUUGACUUCUGCUCCUCUUGUCGGUGAACCUCAUUUGAGCACUAGACGUCUUCUGGUCGCUAGCAGAUCCAGUUCUGAUUCAAUUGGACUGCCUUGCUCCUCCGGGUCGGCAAUCCCAACAAUUGUUGCUACUCUUUCUGAUAGCAGUUCUCCAGGUACCCGCGUUCCUUCUAGCAUUGACUUAGGUGAAAAAUUUGCCGUUGCAGUUACAUCUUCGGCUUCUGCACUCAGCUCAGCAUCUGCUUCAAACCACAGUCAAACAACCUCCGCCUGUGGCGAUGUAGAGACAAUUGGGGUGCUCGCAGAGCAGAAAAAUAAUAACUUUGUUGCCUCCAUACAACCCUCAUCUAUUGAUGGUCAGGCAUCGAAAUCGGUUGGAGUAGUUUCCUUAUGCCUGCAACACGACCAGCGUCACCACCAGUCGCACCGUCUUCAUUCAGACGAUCUUAUCAGCCCGACUCACCAUCACCCACUCCAUCUGCACCACUAUCAUCCAAUCAAGCGACACCUUUACUUAGAUAGCACGACUGCGGCUGCUGCCACUUCUACUACAACAGCAGCAACAGCGUCAUCCACCUCCACUCGUUAA